AUGCCAUGCUCGCUUUGGUCCUAUAAAGGCCUGUUUAUUGCGUACAAUGUUUUUGAUGCACAUAUAUUCCCCCUUCUCAGCGAUAUAGACACUUUCUGGUCAUUAUCUGGUGCCCGUAUACUCAAUUGCCGUCAAUAUGACGUGAGCUCUGCUCCUUUCUACGAACUGCAGCUCGUGUUGAGGGUGGCGCUUAUAUGCGUUGAAUUACUCCCUUCAGAUGUAUCUGUUCGAUUGGCUAAUCAAGAGAACCACUGCAUCAAAAAUUCUGCUCGCCUCAUCUUGACGGCUAGUUUAAAUGCCAAGGUCGUCGAUGAGAUCCAUCUUUUGCAUCGUAAUCCGGGAUUAUGGACAGCGGAUCGACCACUCCACUU